AACUAGCAAAUCUAAAAAAGAUACGAGAUGUUGCCAUUGAUUCGGUUUCUGUGUUCUUCUUCAAUUUCCUUUUAAAAAACAUCAAAAUUUCCCUAUAUAAACUCCAUUCCGAUUGCCAGAUUUAGAUUGAGCGAGGAGUAGAGAGCCAGUGGGGAAUCGGUUCCAGAAUCGAAAAUGGUUAACUGGGUCGAGGCACAGAAGCCGCUCCUCCACUGGCUGGUUCACCGGGCGGGCCUCCGGCAGCAAGCUAUCGAGAUCGAGCCCGGCACCGUCAUGUGCAUGUGGGUUCCCAAGCACAAGGCCACCAACAAGAAGGCGGUGGUACCGGAAGCAGCAGCAAUAACCAAGACGGCCAUCCCUGCCGCCCCGGCCAACGCCGCCACCUCUGCCAGUGAGAAGCCGGCGGUGGUCCUGGUGCACGGCUUCGCCACUGAGGGGAUCGUGACGUGGCAGUUCCAGUUCGGGGCAUUGACGAGCCAGUACGACGUGUACGUGCCCGACCUCUUCUUCUUCGGCGGCUCCACCACCGCCUCCGCCGACCGCUCCCCGGGCUUCCAGGCCGAGUGCCUCGCCGCGGCGCUGAGCAGGCUCGGCGUCGAGCGGUGCACCGCAGUGGGGUUCAGCUACGGCGGGAUGGUGGCGUUCAAGAUGGCGGAGCGGUGGCCGUCGCUGGUGACGUCGCUGGUCGUCUCCGGCUCCGUCUUCGCCAUGACGGACUCGAUCGGCAAGGCCACGCUGGACCAGCUCGGCUUCGCCUCCUCGUCGGAGCUCCUAAUGCCGGAGUCCAUCAAGGGACUCAAGGCCCUCCUCUCCAUCUCCAUGCACAAGAAGCUCUGGUUCCCCGACUUCCUCUACAGGGAUUUCCUGGAGAUCAUGUUCAGCAACAGGAAGGAGAGAGCAGAGCUACUGGAAGGUUUGGUGAUCAGCAACCAAGACGCCAAAGUGCCCACUUUGGAUCAGAGAAUCCUGUUAUUGUGGGGAGAGAAUGACAACAUAUUUAACUUAGAGCUUGCCAAGAAGAUGAAAGAACAACUAGGCGAGAAGGCUUCUGUGGAAAUCAUAGAGAACGCAGGGCAUCUUGUUCACGUCGAGAGGCCGUGCGUUUACAAUCUCCACCUAAAGAAAUUCCUUGAACUCGUCAAUUCUGAAGACGCCGAGAACUGACUGCAUAAUCCUCAUGAUUCAAUUACAUGUUUGUGAACCACAUUAUUAUUGUUUGUAUUGUCUCUAAAUUGUGAGAAUAAUCGAAAGUUUUGGAAUGUUAUUAAAGAUAUAAUUUUUAUC